CGUGCACGGCAUCUUUUUUCAAUUGUUUGUUGUUUGUGUUGUGAUUAUUCCUGCCAAACGCGUGUGUGCGUGUUGCGUCUGUUUCAUCAAAUUUCGCCGAUUUUAACACAAAUCCGCAACCAUGGCGAUGGCCGCGAUGCAAAAACGGACAAAUGUCCGGCUUCCGCCUGAGGUGAACCGCGUGCUCUACAUCAGGAACCUCCCUUACAAAAUCACUGCCGAGGAGAUGUACGAUAUUUUUGGAAAAUAUGGAGCUAUUAGACAAAUCAGAGUUGGCAACACCCCUGAGACAAGAGGGACUGCAUUUGUUGUGUAUGAAGACAUAUUUGAUGCUAAAAACGCAUGUGACCACUUGUCUGGGUUCAACGUGUGCAACAGAUACCUAGUAGUUUUGUAUUAUCAGGCAAACAAAGCAUUUAAGAGAGUGGAUGUGGACAAGAAAAUGGAGGAACUGGAGAAGGUUAAGAACAAGUUUGGCCUGGACGAUGAUAAAUAAUUGUUGUAGACUGCUGCAAUUCGAGUGACUGGAUGUGUGCAAGAAGACUGUUGUUUGGAGUUAAUAAUAAGUGUGAAUAAAAUUCAGGCUCUUACUGUUAGAACCAUA